UCGCUCCGCCGCCCUCGUUCCGUCGCUUCCGCCCCUGCUCCCAGCCGAGGCCUCGCUUCGCUUUCCGGUGACGGCGCGCGCACCUCUCUAUAUUUUUCUCCGCCUCCUGGUCAGCUGUUGGGUCGGCAGCAGCAGCAGCAGCGCCACCAGCAGGAGGAGGAGGUUUGCUCUGAGUUGGUGCUUCUUUCACAGUCGGUUUCGUUCGAGUUGAAGCCGCCCUUCGAAAUUCUGUGAUUGGGGCGGGUGGGUGGUGGCGAUGGAGGAGAGGUACGAGGCGUUGAAGGAGCUGGGGACGGGAAACUUCGGGGUGGCGAGGCUGGUCAGGGACAAGAGCACCAAGGAGCUCGUCGCCGUCAAGUACAUCGAGAGGGGCAAGAAGAUUGAUGAGAAUGUGCAGAGGGAGAUCAUCAAUCACCGCUCGCUCCGGCACCCUAACAUCAUACGAUUCAAGGAGGUUUGUGUAACCCCGACGCACCUUGCCAUUGUCAUGGAAUAUGCUGCCGGCGGAGAACUCUUCGAAAGAAUAUGCACCGCAGGGCGAUUCAGUGAAGAUGAGGCAAGGUACUUCUUCCAGCAACUACUUUCAGGGGUCAGCUACUGCCAUUCCAUGGAAAUCUGUCACCGUGAUCUUAAACUGGAAAACACUCUCCUGGAUGGGAGUCCAACACCUCGAGUGAAAAUUUGCGACUUUGGUUACUCAAAGUCUGCUUUGCUGCAUUCCAAACCAAAAUCAACGGUUGGUACUCCAGCAUACAUAGCGCCGGAAGUUCUUUCGAGAAAAGAAUAUGACGGCAAGGUAGCGGACGUUUGGUCCUGCGGCGUGACAUUGUACGUGAUGCUCAUCGGGUCGUAUCCAUUUGAGGACCCCGAGGAUCCAAGGAACUUCCGGAAAACUAUCAGUAGAAUCCUUGGCGUGCAAUACUCCAUUCCCGACUACGUCAGGGUUUCCUCCGACUGCAGACGCCUCCUGUCCCAAAUAUUCACUGCCGAUCCUUCAAAGAGGAUCACGAUCGCUGAGAUCAAGAAGCUGCCGUGGUACCUGAAGAGCCUGCCCAAGGAGAUCGCGGAGAGGGACAGGGCCAACUUCAAGGAGCCCGAGACGGAGACGGAGACCGCGGCGGCGGUGGCGCAGCCCGUGGAGGAGAUCAUGCGGAUCAUCCAGGAGGCCAAGGCCCCCGGCGACAUGUCCAAGUCGUCGGCCGAUGCGGCGCUGCUGGCCGAGCUGGCCGAGCUGCAGAGCGACGACGAGGAGGAGGAGCCCGGAGCCGAGGGGGAGACCUACUGACUCGACUCUGCAUCGCAGCUCAUGCAGGUGCAGCCGCGUAGCUGUUUCGUACAUACGGUCUGGAGUACGGUUUGCUGAAACAAGAAUAAGGCCACGAAGCGUAUUAUUAUACAGAUUAUGACACCUGUUGUACUAUCGCUGUGUACAUUAUUACUGAACAAACAUUCCACGGAUACUACGCAAAAAAAAAACAUUCCACGGAUUUAACUUUCAAGAA